AUGCGGUGUUCACUCUAUUCCGGGAGACAGAAACAAGCAAAAGUAGAAGUUAAGAGAAAGGCAAGAGAAUUCAUAAAGACAUAUCAAUCCACCGUACUGAGAAGCUACACUUACAACGAUUUGAAUAAAAUGACCGACGGAUUCAAAGAGAAACUCGGAAAGGGAGGCUUUGGAAGUGUAUUCAAAGGCACAUUUCGAGAUGGAACGCCAAUUGCUGUAAAGAUGUUGAAAAACUAUGUAGGAGAUCAUGACCGCAGUGAUUUCCUAAAUGAAAUAACUACCAUCAGCAUGAUUCGCCAUUUCAACAUCAUUCGACUUCUGGGAUUUUCUUGGGAUGGAUCGAAUCAAGCUCUCGUGUAUGAGUUCAUGUCUAACGGAUCAGUUGGGGACUUGUUAGGUGGGUCUAUCGGUCCAAUAAGACCAAGAAAGCUUCUUGAAAUUGCAACUGGAAUAGCACAUGGGAUUGAGUACUUACACAUAGGUUGUGAUGUGAGGAUCUUGCAUUUAGACAUAAAGCCUCAAAACAUAUUGUUGGAUCACAACUUCAGUCCUAAGAUAUUUGAUUUCGGCCUGGCCAUGACUUAUUCAAGAAACCGGAGUGCCAUAACCAUGCCAGGGGGUGCUAAAGGGACUAUAGGUUACAUUGCUCCAGAGAUAUUCAUGAGGAACUUUGGUAAGCCCUCUGAUAAAUCUGAUGUUUACAGUUUUGGAAUGUUGUUGCUAGAAAUGGCAGGUGCAAAAGACCGGCCCAUUGAUCUUCAACAAGAGGAGGGUAGUUCUAGCAAUGACUACUUUCCGAAUUGGGUAUAUGAGAAACUACUUAUCAUGGAGAAUGAGAAAGAGAAUAUUGUGGAGCUUGAUGAGGAAGAGGAAGAAGAUAUGGUGAUUAGGAAGAAGAUUGCAAUGGUUGGAUUAUGGUGUAUUCAAAUAAAUCCAAGACAUAGACCAUCUAUGACAAGGGUUGUAGAAAUGUUAUUGGCCAAUAUGGAAGCCAUUGAAAUGCCACCCAAACCCUUAUCAUUCUUUUCUUCUGGGCAGGAACCGUUGGAGUAUGAGAUUACUUCUUUUCAGAGUGAAGACAGCUCUUUGCCUCUCACUAGUAUUGAAAUUAAUCAGUCAUGA